UGAGUCGUCGUCGCAUUGUCGUGGUCGGCUGUCGUCGGCUCUGGAAUGAAUUGAAUAACAAACGGCAUUAGUGUCCCUGUAAUGUGCAAUAAAUUCGAGGUCCACACCAUUGAUUCGUCAUCUUGACUCACAAGUGCAGUCACUUCCUCUAAUUCAAAGUCGCCCGAUUCAAGGGCAAAGUGUAUGUGUGUGGAUUUUGUAAUUACAACAUGGCUGACGUACCCCAAACUCAAGUUACCCCAGAGUUUUCUCACUCAUUUUGGUUUAUCCUGUGUCAUUUCAUCGUAAAGUGUCACCCCUCUGGCUCGAUCAAGGGAGAAAUGUCGUGAAUCAGUCUGGACUCUAAAUAUUUCGGUGAUUGGAUAAUUGAAGAGCAAUCAUGUCAACGAGAUCUCAACUCACCAAGGAUUUAAAUGAAUCUGUGAAGGCUCUUCUGGGAAAACACGUCAAGAUUUUACUUAAGAACGUCGUCAAACUUGAGACCAAGCCUGACAAGCAGGAAAAUCGGGUUCUGGUGUUUUCACCAUGCCGCCUGUUUUUAUUGACUGCCAAAGUUCCUACACGUAUCGAUUGUCACUUCCACUACCUAGAGAUAACCUCAAUAGAAUCCCGUCGUCCAAACCAGCUAUGCCUAACCGCAGGCGAUCGCACAUACAAUUUCACAACGACCGGUACCCUAGGUACAACCGAUACAACCGAGAUAGACGCAAUGAUAGAAGCCCUCCACACAGCAAUUCGUAACAUCUUCCCGACAGUUCCCCUAAACUACGUAAUCCGCAAGAUCGACGUGAUCCCAGCAAGUAGACUGCAAAGUAUUCGAGGCUCUGAAUUAGCCCGAAGUACAGAGGCAACAAGAACGACAGGUCCCUGCGGUGGUUUUUCCACACAAUAUGCGUGCAUGUGCGACCUGCACAGCGUACAAUAUCGAGAUGAGGUUGCCUGGGACGUGGACACAAUCUACCUCUCCCACGACACACGCGAGUUAAAUCUCCGUGACUUUGAUCAUCUGGAGCAAAAGGACCUAGUGCCCAUAAUCUCAGCCCUAGAGUACAACACGUGGUUCACAAAAUUUCGAGCAUCACACAUGAAACUCUCCCACGAGUGUCUGGAGCGUUUGCUCCACGUGGUGAGAAGAUCCCUAUCAAUCCAAGAAAUAUAUCUCGACAAUUUAGGAAUAAAAUGGGACUUUGCGCACAAGCUGUCAUUAGCCUUGAUAGCAAACAGCAACACAGUCCUCCACACGAUAGAUCUCUCCAACAAUAUAAUAGAGGAUAAGGGUGCAAUAAGUCUCUGUGGCAUAAUAGCUAAAUUGACUCAGGGUAGCCACUUGGGUGGAGGCAGUGCAAUCGGUAAUCAUCCCAAGGGCAUGCAGAAGCUCAAUCUCUCACGAUGUGCUCUGACAUCGAAAGGGAUUGCCCAGAUUGCCCAUGCACUCAGCCUCAACCGUAGUAUGCCGACAAGUCUUCGAUCCCUCAAUCUAUCCGAGAACACUAUAAAAGAUGACAUCAAUAAUCUCUGUAAUUACCUCGCCCAACCGAAUAGUCUAACUCAUCUCGAUCUUGCUGGCACUGAUACAACACUCGAGUGCCUAUUUGGUGCAUUAUUACGUGGCUGUGCUACUAAUCUAGUCCACCUUAACGUCGCUAGAAACUCAUUCACAAGCAAGAAAACCAAAGAGAUACCUCCUAGUUUUAAACAAUUCUUCACAGCAACACUUUCACUCAAAUAUCUUAACAUUUCAUACUGCAAAUUGCCACUCGAAGCACUCAAGCAUCUCCUCCUAGGUCUUGCUUGCAACGAGAGUACAGUAGGUCUUGAGCUUGAUAUGAGUGGUAAUAAUCUGGGAUCCAUGGGUGCCCAUGUUCUCGAGAGUUGUAUUCACGGUGUACGGUGUAUUGCAUCAUUGGAUAUUUCUGAUAGCAAUAUGGACGUUGAUCUGGCUCAAGUUAUAACUGCUAUUGGUAAGAAUAAAUCACUGAAGCAUCUGUACAUGGGUAGAAACACAGCGGGCAUGAAGAGCAAACACAUCUCCGUGGUUAUGGACUGUCUCGUUCAGAUGAUACAAGAAGAUGACUGUGUGCUGCAGAGUCUUCACAUACCGGACUCGAGAUUGAAAGGUGAUCUGUACAGUUUGAUCAAUGCACUGGGAAGUAAUACUUGUCUGCAAACUUUGGAUAUCAGUGGCAAUCAGAUAGGCGAUCCUGGUGCUAGGCUUCUGGCAAAAGCUCUCCAGAUCAAUAAUCACCUCAGGACUAUAAUCUACGAUAAAAACAAUAUAACUCUUCAGGGUUAUGCGGAUAUUGUUCAUGCAUUGGAGAAGAACUUCUCGGUUAGGUACAUGCCAUUUCCCAUUUACGACCUGCAGCCCUGCAUGAAGACCUCCGCCGAGCGGGCUGAACACCUGGCAAAAAAACUCCAGGAUAUGCUUCAGAGGAAUGUAACACCCUGCAAGUACUCGCACGGUCAGGCGUUCAGGCUUCAGCAGGGAUUUUUACUCAGCUCAACGCAACAAGUUGUUGAUAGAUUAGUUGUUCAAACUCAGGAUACUAUUAAGACACUGGCAGCUGAGAGUUGUGAUGCUAAUAAUGAUAUUAAUUAUGCAACUGGGCUUAUUCAAGAUGCUGAUAAUUCCAAACAGCUGUUGCCUAGGCUGCACGAGGUGCUGCAGAAAAGGGACGAGAAGAAUCCAAUUGAGUUUAAAUUGAAGGAAAUAGCGGAUGAUGUGCACAGAGUUGUUAGCGAAUAUCUCGAGGACUCUUUGGAGUCUAUUCUUAAAUGUGCUAAUGAUCAUUGCCCAACGGUCAUGUCUCAAACGGUUGUCAGGGGGGAUGACAGUGAGCCUAUAUCCAUUGAUCAGGAUCUCAGGAAUGCUUGCAAGGAGAAAAACCAGAUCAGCAAUGAAUUUAUAAAUUCUUGCAUUGUUGAGCAAGCUGGCACUGAUAUCGUUAAUAGAGUUAAUGAACUCAAUUUGGCAGUGGCUGCUCAUGUCUCUGAUAGGGUGACUGAUGAGGUCAUUGAGUCUCUAUCCAGAAGCUACAAGACACUCAUUGGUGAUAGUGCUGAUAGAACUAGGAGCAGCACACCUGAUGUUCUAAGACCAAGCGCUAGUUCCAUCAGCAGUGGAAGCGUUAUUGGAAUUAAUCCAAGUAUUGGGACGUGUGGCAAUAAUGAGGAGCAUAUUUAUGCUGUCGUUUCUCAGGCAUCUUCCACGACUGAUAACUCGGGGACUGUCGGUGGAGAUGGAGCAUCCAGUACUACUACUCUCGAGGAUGGAUAUCCCUCGGGGAUCCUCGGGCCUCAGGGUGGGAAGGACGAUCAGUCGCCUGUGAAACUGGAGUAUUUGAAUCUCGCGACUCCGCAUUUAUCAAACAAACGUAAGAGCCUCCACGGUCGUAAAUUGCGUCCAAAAUCGGUGGUAGACUCGGUGGAGGGUCUCUCAGCCGAUGACAUUCCAAAUUUACUGCCAAAUCUGCCAAAAGACACCACGGAGAUGACGUCCGAGAAUGAGCAUUCCUUAACAGAAUCCCUGGAUUCGAUCUCCGAGCUUCCUAACACGGCGGGUCAACAGCUCCAGCACCUGGUGAAGACCCGUCCAAAGAGGGCGAAAACACGAGCCCCAACGCGCCCAAUGUUGCGAUCGGAUCCCCUCCCGGUGGAUUCCCUGGCCCUCGGUGAAGGUCUCGACGUAUUUUUUAGACCCACCACCCCAACAACACCCCUAAUAUCACCGACCAGCGAUGACAGCUCUUUGCACACCUUUCCCAUUGACGGGAGUCCAAAUUUAUCAUUAACGAGUCACCGAAGUGUUCCACCGGAUACUGAGAGAAAGCCCCACGGGUGCAGUUCACCGAUGCUCAAGACUCUCCUCGAGCCCGCGCCCAGGUCGCGAUCGAGUGAUAAUUUGGAGAAAUUCUCACCACUUACGGGACGUAGAUCUCAGGGAGAUACACCACUGACUGCAUCACCACUGGUGCGAAGGAGUAUGGAAAAUUCCGAUGGGGACAAGAAGAGAAUGCCCGUCACGAACAGUGUCAUGUCUCCUUCGUCUUCGCCGACAUCUGGGAAAGACGAGAACUGUCCGUCCAGUGAUGUCAGGGGUCAGUCGAGUUUCGGCAAGGGUGGGGUCAAGGCAUUGACUGGCAGUUGCGAACUAAAAGCCAAUCCUGGUGGAAUCAGGGGCAACAAGCCAGCACCACCUGCCAUUGCCCCCAAACCGAGACCUUGGAGUAUGAACACUGACAGAAAAUCUGGUGAAUUCAACAAUUUAUUGAGCGAUGGUUCAAGCCCCAAUACCUCAGCUGGAAAUACUCCAGAUUCGGGUGAUGCCCUGGACGAAUCAAUCGACAGUGGUGUCAGUGGACCAGCCUCAUUACCCCCGACUCUAUCCGCUAGCAGUACAGUCAGUUCAUUAAGCAGCAGUAGUGUGGAAAAAAGAUCAGUCAGAGAACUCGCAGCGAGUCUAAAUAAAGGGAAAACCGAUCGAAAGGAAAACGAGCAAGCGCAAGUACCCUGGAGGUCGUUGCUUCAUCGUCCCGUUGACCCCAAUAAGGGACCGCAGCCAUUGAAAAAGGAUGAGGAAGGACGAAUUAAUUUCAAACUGCGGAGAACAUCAUUCUUGCGUGAUUCAAAUUUCAAUUACGACAACGAUGUCGUUGAUGUUUGACAGAUUAAUUUCACUUGCAUUUUGUUUAACAUUCCAGUUUCUAACAUGUGCCAUUAGCAAACAACCUAGACAUUCAGUGAAUUCACGUGUUUGCCGAGGCCUAAUUACUUCAUUUUAUCGAAUGGAUUCGCGUUUCGAGGCUGGUUUUUCACAGUGAGACUAGUCAAUUUAUCAUUGCUCCCAUUAAUUUGAGGAAAGUGUAAGACGAAGACAUGUAGCGCUUGUUCCACCGUCUAAUUAGUGACUAUAAUACGAAAAGGGAAAAUGUAGGCUUAAGUGAAAUUUUUUUAACUCCGCUCUCUACUCGUAUCAUCUGGCAACUUUCGAGAUUUGUUUUUUCAAUUUCAUAAAUCUCCAUUGCGUGAAUGCUGUCGCGAACCGAUUAUUGGUUUGUAAUAUUUAUAUGUAAAUAUUUAUACAUUUUUUAGAUAAUGAAAUUAGUUUAGUCGUUAUGGGCACUAUGUACGAUCGAGUCAAUUGUUUUUCCGAUAAAUUAUGUGGUGUAAGUAAUUAUUAUAUAAUUAAUUAUAAUUAUUGACACAAAAAUUCAUAUCGAUUUGUUUUUAAUCUGGGGAUGUUCUUGUUUAGUUUUUUAGUUAGUAUCCAUCAAGUAUGGGCUCAUUGUGCCAAAAGAGAGUUAAGAACGGGAAUCAAUUCAUAGAACAUCUGAUGUACCUUGUAUGAUACUGGAGAAUUUUUUAAACACCUUUCCAUUAUGUUUUUUAAGGACUGCGCAAAACGGGUCAAGCAAUUGCGACCAAAUAUUAAUAUUUAUCAUUCUGCAAUAUUUUAUUUUUAAUUAAAUUUAUUCGUCUUUCGUUUUUUAAUAUGAAUAUAUAACACGUGUAUGGAUUCGAUGAGUACGAUGAUAUUUUUAUCACGUAUUACGAUAUUAUUAGCAUAGAAAAGUGAUAUAAUCGGUGAAUAAAGAAUUAUA